AUGUAUCUGCGCAGGGAGCCCCUGCGAGAUCGCCCGCCCAAGUACCGAUACCACCGCCGCCAACAGGAGCCAACAUGUGCCAACCCGCCUGCAGCAGCAGAGCGGGAGGCUACCGAUUCCGCCACCGGCCGGGUCGCUGCUAGUCCGCUCCUCGCCCACACCCUCAGCUCGGAACAGGCCGCCGCUGCAACAGCAACAAUGCAGGACAUCAACUCGUUCCUGAGCCAGGCCAAGCCCAAGCUGCACAUCCCACACCUGCAAUGGCCUGGCGCACUCAGCAUCGCCAUCCCCGAGCAGUUCCGUCCCGCCAGUAGCAGGAGCAAGAGGAGUCGUUCCAAGAAGCCAUGGAGGCAACCAUACCGCGACUCGACCAGCAUCACGAAGCUGCAGCGCUCCUUCAACCCCCUCGACGGCGUGCGCGCCAUCCAGCGCCAUAGGUUUGGCUGGCUGGACAUCCAGUACCCCGCCCUGGCUGGCUUCAUGAUCUUCUCCCUGGCUAUCGCGCCCAUGCCCAUACUCGUCAAGAUCGUCGUGCCCAUCCUGUCGCUUCUCGUGUGCUUGAUGCCCGCAACAAGACAGUUCUUCCUGCCGUCCAUGCCCAUCUGGAUAUACCUGCUGUACUUCUUUUGCAGUCGCUUCAUCCCUGUCGAAUACCGGCCGCACAUCUGGGUCAAGGUCCUGCCCGCCCUCGAGAACGUGCUCUACGGCGCCAACUUGUCCAAUAUCCUCUCCUCGCAUACCCACCCCGUCCUCGACCUGCUCGCCUGGCUACCCUACGGAAUCGGCCACUUCGGCGGUCCUGCGGUCUGCUCCCUGGCAAUCUUCAUCUUCGCCGCUCCCUCGACGACUCCGGUGUUCGCCAAAUCCUUCGGCUGGCUCGCCCUGAUCGGAGUCACCCUGUCGCUGACGUUUCCCUGCACGCCGCCGUGGUACGAGAAGGAGCACGGUCUGGAGCCCGCCCGUUACGGCAUGCCGGGCAGCCCGGCUGGCCUGGCCCGCGUUGACCAGCUUUUCGGCGUCGACAUGUACACCACCAGCUUCACCACCGCGCCCGUGCCAUUCGGCGCCUUCCCCAGCCUGCACGCUGCUAACGCCACGCUCGAGGCCCUGUUCAUGAGCUUCUGCUUCCCCCGCGGCCGCGCCUUCUUCAUCAUGUAUGUCGGCUGGCUGUGGUGGGCCACAAUGUACCUGAACCAUCAUUACGCCGUGGACCUGGUCGGUGGUAGCCUGAUCGCGACGGCCAUCUACUACAUUGCCCGCACGCGCUACCUCCCCCGCCAGCAGCCCGAGAAGCGCAACCGCUGGGAGUACGAGCACGUCGAGAUCGGCGAGAAACCCAAGACCCUGGAUGAGGAGUACGGCUACGUAGGCCUAGGCGGCGAGUAUGGCAUGGGCCUGCUCGAGAGGAGGAGCACGCACCUGAGCGAAGAUGACGAGUGGACCCUGGGCAGCAGCUCCAGCUUCUCGACCUCAUCUUCGCCCCGCACCAGCACCACCAGCCCGACCUUAAUGUCCCCGACAACGCCCACCGAGGCUGACUUCAACCACGUCACCAUCCCGAUGAAUCUGAACGGCCAGCUGAUGUGGGGUGCUGGCGAGCGCGGCCCUGCGAGGGACGACGAGGUCGCCGAGGUUGUGGUUAUGAGGUAG